UUGCCAGAAAAAAAGUGUUAUUCAUCGUAUGAUCAAUUAUUUACAGCCUAAUCAAAAAUAUUCUCAUAUUGCAAGGACAUAGAGACAGUAACUGACCAUGUAUUCUGAGGACGAUGAACUUGUUGGAGACCAGUUCUCUGCUUUUUCAGAGAAAAAUGUACGAUUAGGAUUCAUACGAAAAGUUUAUGGGAUUCUGCUGUGUCAAAUAGUUGUCACCCUUUUAGUGAUGGUGAUGUUUAUGUACAUAGAACCUGUAAAAGAGUAUUCUAUGCAUAAUCCCUGGAUCUGGUAUACUGCACUUGCUGUGACAUUUGUGACGCUGAUCAUACUGGUCUGCUGUGAUGAUGUCAGACGAAAGACUCCUAUGAACUUGAUUUUCCUGGGUAUAUUUACUUUGUGCGAGUCUAUUUUGCUUGGAGCUGUGACCAGUCACUAUGAUGAGGUAUCUGUCCUGCUAGCUGUGGGCAUCACUGCAGGUGUAUGCUUAGCACUGACUCUCUUUGCAUUUCAAACAAAAUUUGACUUUACAAUGUGUGGUGGUCUUCUGUUUGUAUUCCUGGUCAUCCUAGUAAUAUUUGGAAUCUUUGCUGCGAUAUUUCACAAUAAGGUUCUGUCUGUUGUCUAUGCCAGCCUGGGAGCUCUGUUGUUUUCUUUCUAUUUGGUAUUUGACACCCAGCUGAUGUUGGGAGGGAAACACAAGUACAGCCUGUCCCCUGAGGAAUACAUCUUUGCUGCCCUCAACCUUUACCUGGACAUCAUCAACCUCUUCCUCUUAAUCCUGUCCCUUGUUGGCAAUGCCAGAAAUUAGGUCAAAGGUCAAAGGUUUAAACACAGUGCAAUGAAGUUAUAGUCUUUUUGAUGAGGUUUAUGUGGACCAUAUGUCAUGACUGAAAGCUUUAAAUCAUUAUUAGUCUGAAGCGUGCAAUCUGUUUUUAAUCAUACAUAUUUGAAAUUUGUUUGUUAUGGUAGUUUUUUGCCCAAUCAGUUAGAGUUUAUUUCUGAAUCUUUUUUUCGGCUUUUAGCUGCCUCUGUUAAGAAUUUCAGAAAAUGUAAUUAUUUAGCUUUUUUGAAGUUCAUAUUUUUUUAACAUUAAUUUUAAAGAGUUUAAAAAAAUGGAAUUUCUUAAAUUAAUGAGGAAAUAAUGUGAAAGAGAAAAAUAAAAUUUGAGGCCUGAGAUAUUUUUACAUAUCCAAGUCAUGGAUUCUCUACAUUCUGCAUUGUCUUUUCUUGAAAUUAAUUAAUAUUCAUGUAUUUGUAAGUUGUUACAUGUUGUAGUAAUGUAACUUUUUGCCUUUAAUUGAAAGGAUGCACUUUGCAACACUAUUAGUAAUAUGUAAUAAAAAAAAAUAUAUAAGAAUUGGAUUAAAUUCCUAAAAGGAACUAUUGAAGAAUCCUAUCUUGCCAUUUUUAUUAGUAAAGUUUUAUUUGUAACAGUAUGUUCCAAAUGAACACCAUACAAUUUUUUUUUAACAGUCCUGUUUUAUACAAUAAAGUAUACAAGUAUACAUGUAGCAGUAGGGCCAUCUUUAAAAUAAUGUUUGUUUGCCCACUCCCCACUCAGGGUAAAAAAAUUGGUUAAGUAGGUAGGUGGGGAAAUUUUUUUCCAAGAAAAUUUCAACAUACAUAUUGACGGGAUGAGAAAAUUCAGGAAGAAAAAAAUUCUCGUUUCUUGGAGGUAAAAAAUAGUUUUGAGUCGGGCCAUUUUUAGCCAGUCAGUCAGGAGAGGGCAAACGAAAUUAUUUUAGAGAUGGCCUAGUGUCACAAUUUUUUUCCUUCAUAAUGAAUAUGUUUGGUCAUGUACAAUGACUCACAAAUGUUCAUGUCUUUUCCACUUUGUUGAUAUUUGUUCAGAGUUUAUUGUGAUUGUUCACUUUGACUGCAAGUGAUGCAAACCCCCAAAACCUCAAUAAUUCUUCAAUAAUAACUUGUAUGAGUUUAUGUAGUCACUUUUCUUGAGAGAAUGUGAAUAUCACUGUAUACUUGUAGUAGUAAUAGCAUUUUUAAAGAUUCUUUGAUGAAUUAUAUUUUCAUGGUUAAAGUGGAUUUUUUGGUAAAUUCAGUCAGUUUUGUUAUGUACAUCUGCAUGUAAAAGAUUUCUGAAUUUUGUAUUUGAUUUAAAUAAACAAUUCUGAUAGAAACAAUUACUAAAUAAAUUUAAUAUUUUGUGAAUAUGCAUACGAACAUUUAUAGAAAAACAAAUGGUAGCUACUACUAUUUGAUAAUGUUUUAUUAAGUAUUCAUUCAAAUACAGCUGAAUUUGUUAAUCCUGCAUAAUACUAGCAACUUUUUUCUCAUUGAAUUAUUUUUGGAUGAAUUAAUGAUAUUUGUCUAUCAGUAUUUUAUUUGAUAUUUAUGAUGUUCUUAUUCCCGUUAGUGAUGCUUGGAAUAUUUUAUUUGUUCUUCAUAUAUUCCAUUUUAUUGCUAUUGAAUUUUUUUGACGUCGAUUAUGUGUUUAGAAAUGUAUCAGCAGAAUACACUUUAUAUGAAUAUGCAUGUACAUGUAUAUACAAAUGUGGAAAUAAGUAUAAUAUUUAUCAUUUUCUGAAGAAAAGUAUCUUCAAUAAAACUUUCAAUAUGCAUGAAAAAUUUACGUUGAUUUAGAUAAGAAAUCUGGGGGGGGUUGGGGGGGGGUCCAUUUCAUGUUUUGAAUUUAGUGUUCAUCAAGGCCAAAGUUUUGCUGUUAGAAGGUGCAUUGGAAAGAAAGUUCUUUAAACAUCUAGUUAAGCAGGGUAGUCACUCUGGACAUUUUUUAUGAUAAUUUUUUCGUCUAAAUAUCUGUGGUGUGGAUUCACUUUUCUCUGUUGUUGGUAAAUUGUUAUUAUUAAAGUAUUGAAAAAAUCA